AUGUCUAGUGACUUGCGUCGAGUUUUCGAUGAUCUCUCGUUGGUUGACAAACUACUACCACUUUGGAUUAUUUCAGCCAUGAUCUUGGGAAUAUUAUUGUCCGUGUAUGUGCCUUCUAGUCGAGAAGCAUUCAAUGGAGCUAAAGUAGUUGGGGUUUCAGUUCCAUUGGCUGUAGGCCUUAUAGUUAUGAUGAUACCUCCGUUGUGUAAAGUUGAAUGGGAGAACUUUUUCAGUUUUUUCAACCUGAAAAAAUAUUUAAGAUCGAUUUUAAUAUCUUUGGUGAUAAACUGGGUUAUAUGCCCAUUUUUAAUGUUUGGUCUUGCUUGGCUCACAUUGUUUGACUUAGACGAGUAUAGAACAGGGAUUAUUAUGAUCGGAUUGGCGAGAUGUAUUGCUAUGGUGUUGGUUUGGAAUGAAAUAUCUGAUGGUGAUAACUCAUUAUGUGCAGUUAUUGUACUUUUGAAUAGUUUACUUCAGAUUGUUCUUUAUGCACCUUAUCAAAUAUUCUUCUGCUACGUGAUAACUGGUGAUUAUCAUCAUUCCCAAGGAGCGGGUGCUGGGGUCACAUAUCUGUUGGUUGCGCAAAGUGUUGCUUUCUUUUUAGGUAUUCCACUUGCUAUUGGUUUCUUGAUCAGACUUUUAGCUAUAUCUACCGUUGGUAUAAAAGUAUACGACUCAAGAAUACUUCCUUUCAUCGGACCUUGGGCGUUAAUAGGUUUAUUGUAUACUAUUAUCGUCAUUUUUAUAGAGACAGGUAACGAUUUUAUCCGUGAUAUAGGAUCUGGGUUACGUUGCUUUGUCCCAUUGACUGUCUACUUUAUGAUUACAUGGUUUGGAACUUUUUUCUUUUUAAGAUGGUUCUUGGGGCGCGUUUCUCCUAGAGAAGAAGGAGAAAUCAGCGAAAACACUGAAUUGUUGUGUGGUUGCGAAAAACAGAUUGCAAAGGUUUCAGGCAAAUGGGUUACGAAUUGCUCAGCAAGUUAUUCUGAGACCAUCACUCAAACUUUUACUGCUGCAUCGAAUAAUUUUGAAUUAAGUCUUGCAAUAGCAAUCUCAUUAUAUGGAUCUGGAAGUAAAGAAUCCAUAGCAGCUACAUUUGGUCCUUUAUUAGAGGUCCCAAUUUUACUAAUAUUAUGUUUUGUUGCUAAAUACUUCAAAAUCAAAUUUUUAUGGUCAGACGUUAAUGAUGAAGUCGAAGAAGUGAUAGAUAUGAAUAAUGUCACUCAAAUUUCAAAUUAA